CAGUGGGAACAAUGGCCCCUUGUCAUUUUCCCUGUAAGCCAAAGAUAGGAGUUGCAUUGAUCCUGCUGGCAUCCAAAGCAGCUGGGAACAUCCGCCAAGCCUGCCUGGGUCUCUGCAGAUAAACAGCACGUGGGGAGCAGGGCGGGUGGCUGGGCAGUUUGGCUUCUUGCUGCCCCAUUAGGCUCCUUUUCUUCUUCUCCCCUUCCCCCUCCUCCUCAGCAAUGUGUUCAAAUCCCUCAGACAGCUACUGGGCACCACUGAAGGGACCAGCCCAGGAGUGGGACAAUAAAAUCCCUGACACCACUGUUCAAGAGGCCUGAAGGGGGGGGAAGAUCAGGCCAGCUGCACGGGUAUAAAGCUGUCCUGCGCUCCCGGCACAGCACUGCAGCACAGUUGUUUGCCAGCCACCUCCAGCGCACUCCAAUGGAUAUCACCAUUCAUAAUCCCCUGAUCCGCAGACCCUUCUUGUCUUGGUUGGCACCGAGUCGUAUCUUUGACCAGAUAUUCGGAGAGCACCUGCAGGAGUCAGAGCUACUCCCUGCUUCCCCCAGCCUCAGUCCCUUCUUGAUGAGAUCCCCCAUUCUUCGGAUGCCCAGUUGGCUAGAGACAGGACUCUCUGAGAUGCGACUGGAGAAGGACAAAUUUUCUGUAAAUCUUGAUGUGAAACAUUUCUCCCCUGAAGAGCUAAAAGUGAAGGUGCAGGGGGACAUGAUAGAAAUUCACGGGAAGCACGAGGAGCGCCAGGAUGAGCAUGGCUUUAUUGCCAGGGAGUUCAGCAGGAAAUACAGGAUUCCAGAUGAUGUGGACCCUCUGACCAUAACUUCAUCACUCUCUCUGGAUGGUGUCCUGACUGUGAGUGCACCAAGGAAACAAAGUGAUGUCCCAGAGCGCACUAUCCCCAUCACCCGUGAAGAGAAGCCUGCCAUUGCAGGAGCCCAAAGGAAGUAGGCUGCUCUUCCAAGUCACCCUGAGGGGGCCAUUUGAGAGCACUUUUCAUCAGAUACCAGCUAUGCUGAAUGGCUACUCUUAUUAUUUAUGCUGAGAAAGUUUACUAACAAAUAAAACAUGAAUAAGCA